AAAUGCCAGCUGAGGCACAUGCCUUGGGAGCUAAGUGGUUGCUGCCCUUGACCACUAUGAAGACUGGUGUGGGAAGGGUCGCUUUGGAUGCACUUGAGCAGGGGUCCCCAACCCCUGAGCCAUGGAGCCCUAGGGAGCCACACAGCAGGAGGUGAGUGGUGUCGAGUGAGGGAGUGAGGGAAGCUUCGUCUGUAUUUACAGCCACUCCCCUUUGCUCACAUUCCCGCCUGAGCUCUACCUUCUCAGAUGAGCAGCAGCAUUAGAUUCUCAUAGGAGAACGCACCCUGUUGUGAACCGUGCAUGUGAGGGAUCUAGGUUGCGCUGUCCUUAUGAGAAUCUAAUACCUAUUGAUCUGUCACUUUCUCCCGUCACGCUCAGAUGGGACCAUCCAGUUGCAGGAAAACAAGCUUAACACGCCCACUGAUUCUACAUUAUGCUCCUACCUCCCGGCAGCCUCUCCAGGCCCAGAACUCUCUCCAGUCAGCGUCUACAGACCAAGCUCAUGACUCACAAUGGCCUAUUUAGGCCCAUACCCUACCUCACGGCAGUCUCCGCAGAUGAGGCUACUGCCUCACAACAGCCUCCACAGGCACAGCUCCAUCGUUACAAUGGCCUCUUUAGACCCAGCUCCUGCCUCCCGGCCUUCUCUCCAGGCCCUGAACUUUCUCAGGUCUCCCUCUGUUGUCCAAGGCUGGAGUGUAGUAGUGCUAUCGCAGCUGACCACAGCCUCAACCUUCCAGGCUGAAGCGAUCCUCCCACCUCAACCUCCCACGUGGCUGAGACUACAGGUGCUUGCCACUAUGCCCAACUAAUAUUUGGAAUUUUCGUAUACGUGGAUUCCAGAGGGGUGACAGCGAAACGUGAGUGGGACCAUCCAGUUGCAGGAAAACAAGCUUAACACGCCCACUGAUUCUACAUUAUGCUCCUACCUCCCGGCAGCCUCUCCAGGCCCAGAACUCUCUCCAGUCAGCGUCUACAGACCAAGCUCAUGACUCACAAUGGCCUAUUUAGGCCCAUACCCUACCUCACGGCAGUCUCCGCAGAUGAGGCUACUGCCUCACAACAGCCUCCACAGGCACAGCUCCAUCGUUACAAUGGCCUCUUUAGACCCAGCUCCUGCCUCCCGGCCUUCUCUCCAGGCCCUGAACUUUCUCAGGUCUCCCUCUGUUGUCCAAGGCUGGAGUGUAGUAGUGCUAUCGCAGCUGACCACAGCCUCAACCUUCCAGGCUGAAGCGAUCCUCCCACCUCAACCUCCCACGUGGCUGAGACUACAGGUGCUUGCCACUAUGCCCAACUAAUAUUUGGAAUUUUCGUAUACGUGGAUUCCAGAGGGGUGACAGCGAAACGUGGGACCAUCCAGUUGCAGGAAAACAAGCUUAACACGCCCACUGAUUCUACAUUAUGCUCCUACCUCCCGGCAGCCUCUCCAGGCCCAGAACUCUCUCCAGUCAGCGUCUACAGACCAAGCUCAUGACUCACAAUGGCCUAUUUAGGCCCAUACCCUACCUCACGGCAGUCUCCGCAGAUGAGGCUACUGCCUCACAACAGCCUCCACAGGCACAGCUCCAUCGUUACAAUGGCCUCUUUAGACCCAGCUCCUGCCUCCCGGCCUUCUCUCCAGGCCCUGAACUUUCUCAGGUCUCCCUCUGUUGUCCAAGGCUGGAGUGUAGUAGUGCUAUCGCAGCUGACCACAGCCUCAACCUUCCAGGCUGAAGCGAUCCUCCCACCUCAACCUCCCACGUGGCUGAGACUACAGGUGCUUGCCACUAUGCCCAACUAAUAUUUGGAAUUUUCGUAUACGUGGAUUCCAGAGGGGUGACAGCGAAACGUGGGACCAUCCAGUUGCAGGAAAACAAGCUUAACACGCCCACUGAUUCUACAUUAUGCUCCUACCUCCCGGCAGCCUCUCCAGGCCCAGAACUCUCUCCAGUCAGCGUCUACAGACCAAGCUCAUGACUCACAAUGGCCUAUUUAGGCCCAUAGCCUACCUCACGGCAGUCUCCGCAGAUGAGCCUACGGCCUCACAACAGCCUCCACAGGCACAGCUCCAUCGUUACAAUGGCCUCUUUAGACCCAGCUCCUGCCUCCCAGCCUUCUCUCCAGGCCCUGAGCUUUCUCAAGUCGACCUCACCAGGCCCAGCUCAUGCUUCUUUGCAGCCUCUCCAGGCCCAGCUCCUGCAUCUUGGUGGCCCCUCCAGGCCCAGCCUCUGCCUCCCGUCAGCCUCUACAGUCCCAACAUCUGCCUCACAGCAGAUUCUUCAGGCCCAGCAUCUGCCUCACUGUGGACCCCCCAAGCCAAGCUCCCAACCUUUCAGCAGCUUCUACACACCCAGCUCCUGCCACCCAGUGGCCUCUUUAGGCCAAGCUCAUGCUUCACAAGGGCCUUUCCAGGCCCAACUUUUAUCUCAUGGCAACCUUCCCUGGCCAGAUUCCUGCCUGUCUCCCAGCAGCCUAGACAGGCCCAGGUCUUGCCUCACACUGGCCUCUCUACAUCCAGCUCUUGCCUCACGGUGGCCUCUCCAGGCCCAACUCCUGUCCCAGAACGUCAUCUCCGGGCCCAAAACUUACUCAAGUCAGACUCUCUAGUCCCAACUGCUGCCUCCUGGUGGCCUAUGAAGGCCCAAAAUCUCCUCAAGUUGACCUCUCCAGGCCCAGCUCCUGCCUCGCAAUUGCCUUUGUAGGCCAAGAUCAUGCUGCGAAGUGCCCUUUCCUAGCCUAACUUUUGCUUUUUGACGCAUACUCCAGUUCCAAAACUUCCUCCAGUCAGCCGGUCCAGGCCAAGCUCUUCCUCCCAAAGGCUUCUGCAGGCCAAAAUCAUCCUGAAGUCACCCUCUGCAGGUCCAGCUCCUGCCUCCAAAUGCUGUGUAGGCCAAGCUAAUGCCUCACAGCACACUUUCCAGGCUGAGCGUUGC